AUGGGUUCUAAAAUGACACCAGAGGCUAUCAAGCCUGUUAUGCUAAUUGACGGCCAACUGGUCGAAGCCUCAGACGGAAACUCGUUUCCCCUCUUUAACCCAGCAACUGGUGACAAAGUCGCUGAUGUCCCCGAAGCCACAAAAGAUGAUACCAACAGAGCCGUCGCAGCUGCGCAACGCGCAUUCCCAGAAUGGUCCGCCAUGGACCCUGCUAAGCGCGGUAGCUACCUGAAGAAACUCGCCUCUCUCAUCAAAGAGCACAACGAAGAACUAGCUCUCCUCGAAGCCAAGUCCAUGGGUCGCCCUUUGGCUGAGUUCUUUGAGGGUCACGUUGCUGCCUCAAGCUAUGAGCACUACGCUGAAGCUUGGCCGCACAUCCAGGGCCAGGCAAGUCUCAACACACCUGGCUAUGUCACCAUGACUCUACGUCAGCCUUUUGGUGUUGUUGCAGCUAUCAUCCCUUGGAAUGUCUCUCUUCUUUUCUUCGCUGGCAAAUCUGCUCCCGCUCUGAUUACUGGAAACACAGUGGUCCUCAAGUCUAGCGAAAAGGCUCCUCUCGGCGCUGCCAAAUUAGCUGAGCUCAUUCACAAAGCUGGUUUCCCUCCUGGAGUCUUUAACGUUCUAUCUGGUCAUGGAAACCCCUCUGGCGUCACGCUUGCUUCUCAUAUGGACGUACGGGCUAUCAGCUUCACCGGCUCUAGCCCUACUGGCCGCGCGAUCCAAGAGGCAGCUGCCAAGUCCAACUUGAAGAAGGUCAUCCUCGAGCUUGGCGGUAAAUCGCCUGUCAUUAUUUUUGACGAUGCGGACCUUGAGCAGGCUGCCAAGGAUACCAUGCACAGUAUUCAGUGGAACAGUGGCCAGGCCUGCAUUGCUAAUUCUCGCGUUUACGUGCAGGACUCCAUCGCCCAUAACUUUGUCCAAGCUUGCAAGAAGGCACUGUCUGCUACAAAGUCGGGUGAUCCCACAGAGAAGGGCAUCAAUCACGGUCCUCAAGCCGACAAGAUUCAGUAUGAAAAGGUCAUGUCUUACAUCAACGAGGGUAAACAGUCCGGAACGCUAGAGCUCGGUGGAAAUGGAAACCUUGAUAAGACAGGUGGCUUCUUCGUCGAGCCGACUAUCUUUUUAAACACACCUGAGGACGCAAAGGUUAUGAAGGAGGAAAUCUUUGGACCGGUUGUCAACAUCAACACCAUCAAGACGGAAGAGGAGGCCAUCGAAAAGGCAAAUGACACAGAGUAUGGUCUGUAUGCCGCAGUGUAUACCAAGAAUGUCGACAGGGCGAUGAGGGUCACCCAGAAGCUUAACUCUGGUUAUGUAGGCAUCAACUGCACCAGUCCCACCACCGCGAGGGAUCUACCUUUUGGAGGAUACAAAUCAUCAGGACAGGGUCGAGAGGGCUGGCUUUACAGUUUGGACAACUUCUUGGAAGUCAAGAGUGUGAUGAUGAAAGUAGACAGUGGUUCCAAAUUAUAA